AUGGAACAUGGAGCUGCACAAGAUGUGGCGUGCUGUGCCACCCUUAAUUUUACUUGCAAUGCAAACAACAAUGAUGACAACGACCAUUGCAACAAGGUUGGCAGUCGAGCUAGCAAUUUGGAUGAUGAAAAACAACAAAGCAACCCGAUUCGUACUUUUAGGGCUCUUGGGAUAGAGAAGGAGCUUAAGAUUGUGAGAGAGAUUUUGGUCUUCAGGCAAUCCCUCUUCGAAAUGGUUCAGAAUUGGAUUACAACAGGAAAGAGGAAAGAAGAACGAAUUUGGGACUUGGGUCUUUUGGAGGGAAUUGCCAUGAUACCCCGGUUGUGGAUUGCAGCGCUUCAACUAUCAGAGCUCCUUGUGAGCUCUGUGGUUCAUUGUUUAUAUGGGUUUUACAUUUUCAGCACUGCUGUAGCAUCAGAUUUCUCACAGGCAAUAAAUGAAUGUUUGAAACCCAAUGUGAAUUUUAAUACAGAUACUGAAUUGAGAGGGCUGGACUCUAAACUAUCAAACAAUGAUAUGCCUCCUAUUGUCUUAGUCCAUGGCAUCUUUGGAUUUGGCAAAGGGAGGUUAGGGGGUUUGUCUUAUUUUGCGGGAGCAGAGAAGAAGGAUGACCGGGUGCUCGUUCCAGAUUUGGGUUCCUUGACCAGCAUAUAUGAUAGGUGUGCGCUUGAAGCUACGGCAUAA